UCACCUUAGACCGGACGUGAUGGGUUACGUAAACCCACGUUCGGGGGUAGCCUUACCCUCAUGUAACAUGCAUGUCCUACAAAGUUACGACCCAUAACCGGGAACUGCAGUUUUUAAAAAGACGGGAGACGCAGUGUACCUCCCGGUUAGUCAUGGAAAAAGUCCGGAAAGAUGGCAAGAAGAACCCGGCGGCGACGGCGAACAUUCUGUCCAAGAUAUUUUUCUGGUGGCUGAACCCUCUGUUCAGCAUUGGCUACAAGCGCAGGUUGGAGGAGGAAGACAUGUAUGAAGUGCUCCAUGAGGACAGGUCAGAGGUGCUGGGACAGGAGCUGCAGAGAUACUGGGACCAGGAGGUGCAGAAAGCUGCCAAGGAGAUGAGGACACCUGGGCUGACCAAAGUCAUCAUACAGUGCUACUGGAAGUCCUAUGGAGUUCUGGGAAUCUUUACACUUCUAGAGGAGGCCAUCAGAGUGAUCCAGCCAGUUUUUUUGGGGGAAGUGAUUCAGUACUUUGAGAAUUAUAAUCCAGAUGACAGAGAGGCUUUGAAUAAGGUUCUGGGCUACGCAGCUGGCCUGUCCGCCUGCACCUUUGUCCUGGCAGUGACCCAUCACCUCUACUUCUUCUACGUACUGAGAGUGGGCAUGAAGAUCAGAGUGGCCAUGUGUCACAUGAUCUACAAGAAGGCUCUGUGCCUGAGCAGUUCAGCCAUGGGAAAAACCACCACAGGCCAGAUAGUCAACCUUUUAUCCAAUGACGUCAACAAGUUUGACGAGGUGACUAUUUUCCUGCACUUCCUGUGGGUGGGGCCACUUCAGGCAGCUGCAGUCGUGGGGCUCCUGUGGGAUGAAAUUGGCGCCUCCUGCUUGGGGGGAAUUGGGGUCCUCCUGUUCCUGAUGCCCACCCAAACCAUGUUUGGAAGACUCUUCUCUAAGUUCAGGAGUAAAACCGCCGUGCUAACAGACAGCCGAAUCCGAACAAUGAAUGAGGUUGUGUCUGGAAUGAGGAUCAUCAAGAUGUACGCCUGGGAAAAACCUUUCUCUGCUCUGGUCUCUGAGGUCAGAAGGCAGGAGAUCUCCAAGAUCAUGAAGAGCUCCUACCUGCGAGGUCUCAACAUGGCGUCGUUUUUCUGCGCCAGCAAAAUCAUCGUGUUCAUCACGUUCACCAUCUACGUGCUGCUGGGGAACCCCAUCUCCGCCAGCCGUGUGUUUGUGACGGUGUCGCUGUACACGGCCGUGCGGCUCACCGUCACGCUCUUCUUCCCCAGCGCCAUUGAAAAGCUGUUUGAGAGCCGGGUCAGCAUUCGGAGGAUUCAGGAGUUCUUGCUGCUGGACGAGAUCACAAAAACCAGCAAUGCUCUUUCAAAGGAGGACAGGAAGGAUGUUGGUGUGGAGCUCAAUGAUCUUACCUGCUACUGGGACAAGAACUUAGAUGCUCCGACCUUGCACAGCAUCUCCCUCUGUCUGGAUUCAAAUCAGUUGUUGGCUGUGAUUGGACCAGUAGGAGCUGGAAAGUCGUCCCUGUUGAGCUCCAUCCUGGGAGAGCUUCCUGCUGAAAAAGGGGUGCUGAGGGUCAAAGGUCAGCUGACCUACGCCUCUCAGCAGCCCUGGGUGUUUCCUGGAACCAUUCGCAGCAAUAUCUUGUUCGGGAAAGACCUGGAACCUCGGAAGUAUGAAAGAGUCAUCAAAGCCUGCGCUCUGAAAAGGGACAUGGAGCUGCUGCCAGACGGGGAUCAGACUCUGAUCGGGGACAGAGGGGCCACCCUCAGUGGGGGACAGAAAGCCAGAGUCAACCUGGCCAGGGCUGUGUAUCAGGACGCAGACAUCUACCUGCUGGAUGAUCCUCUCAGUGCCGUGGAUGCAGAGGUCGGCAGACACCUCUUUGAAGAGUGCAUCUGUGGGCUGCUGAAGAACAAGCCUUGCAUCCUGGUCACCCACCAGCUGCAGUACCUGAAGGCUGCAGACCAGAUCCUAGUACUUAAGGAGGGCCACAUGGUGGCAAAGGGAACGUACACAGAGCUGCAGCGCUCCGGACUGGACUUCACCUCUUUGCUGGCAAAAGAAGAGGAAGAAGAGCAGCCGCAGUCUCCACAGGACAUUUCUCCCAGGAGCAGGACUAUGUCUGAGAUGUCAACUCUCUCCCAGCACUCCUCUAUUAACUCAAUCAAAGAUGGAGAUCACUUGCCGACAGAGGCGGUCCAGGCGGUGCCGGAGGAGAGUCGAGCUCAGGGAACCAUCGGAAUGAAAAUGUACCUGAAAUACCUGAGAGCUGGAGCUAACAUCGCCGUCCUGCUGUUUGCCGUGCUGGUUAACCUCCUGGCUCAGGUAUCGUAUGUGAUGCAAGACUGGUGGCUGGCGUACUGGGCAGGAGAGCAAGACAAGCUAAGCAGCACUAAUAGCAGCAUGGCUGCAAAUGGAACCAACACAACGUUGGGUUUAGGUUUCUACCUGGGUGUUUAUGGAGGUCUCACUGCAGCCACCAUCCUGUUUGGCUUCAUGAGGAACAUCCUCCUGUUCUCUGUGCUGGUGAAAGCUGCUCAGAGUCUCCACAACAGCAUGUUUAAUGCCAUCCUGAGAGCGCCGGUACGCUUCUUCGACAUCAACCCCAUCGGAAGAGUGUUGAACAGGUUUUCUAAAGACAUCGGCCAGGUGGACUCCAUGCUGCCCUGGACGUUUGCCGACUUCAUUCAGGUGUUCCUGCAGAUUCUCGGUGUGAUCGCCGUGGCAGCGUCCGUCAUCCCAUGGAUCCUCAUCCCGGUUGUGCCUCUCCUCGGAUUGUUCCUCUUCUUGCGCCGCUACUUCCUGCAAACCUCCAGAGACGUCAAGCGCCUUGAAUCCACCACUCGCAGUCCCGUCUUCUCGCACCUGUCGUCGUCCCUUCAGGGCCUCUGGACGAUCCGGGCCUUUGGAGCGGAGGACCGCUUCCAGAACACCUUCGACGCUCAUCAGAACCUCCACUCAGAGGCCUUCUUCCUCUUCCUAACAACGUCUCGCUGGUUUGCCGUUCGUCUCGAUGGGAUGUGCGCCAUCUUCGUCACCAUCACUACGUUUGGCUGCUUGUUGCUAAGAGACCAGCUGGAUGCUGGUUCUGUUGGGUUGGCUCUGUCCUACGCAGUGACUCUGAUGGGAAUGUUCCAGUGGGGCGUCAGGCAGAGCGCUGAGGUGGAGAACAUGAUGACCUCAGUGGAGAGAGUGAUGGAGUACACCGAACUAGAGAGCGAAGCACCCUGGGAAACAAAGAAGCGCCCUCCUCCUGGUUGGCCAAGCAAAGGCCUGGUGACCUUUGACAGUGUCAGCUUCUCUUACAGCGACGACGGCCCCAGGGUCCUGCACGGCCUCCAGGCCAUGUUUCGGCCCCAAGAGAAGGUCGGGAUCAUCGGGAGAACCGGAGCCGGGAAAAGCUCUCUGGUCUCGGCUCUGUUCCGCCUGGCAGAACCUCAGGGAAAAAUCUACAUCGACGGGGUGGUGACCUCUGACCUGGGCCUCCAUGACCUGCGCCAGAAAAUGUCCAUCAUUCCUCAGGACCCGGUGCUGUUCACAGGCUCCAUGAGGAAGAACCUGGACCCUUUUAACCAACACUCAGAUGAAGAACUGUGGAACGCCCUGCGGGAGGUGCAGCUGAAGUCUGUGGUGGAAGAGCUGCCUGGAAAACUGGAGACAGUUCUGGCCGAGUCCGGCUCCAACUUCAGUGUGGGUCAGAGGCAGCUGGUGUGUCUGGCCAGAGCCAUCCUGAGGAGGAACCGCAUCCUCAUCAUCGACGAGGCUACGGCCAACGUGGACCCCAGGACAGACGAACUGAUCCAGAGAACCAUCCGGGACAAGUUCAGGGAAUGUACCGUGCUCACCAUCGCUCAUCGCCUCAACACCAUCAUAGACAGCGACCGCAUACUGGUUCUGGACGCAGGGCAGAUCCAUGCAUACGACGAGCCACACGUCCUGCUGCAGGACACUGAAGGCAUCUUCUACAAGAUGGUGCAGCAGACUGGGAAACAGGAGGCAGCGGCGCUACUGGAAGCAGCCAAAAUGGCUUACGACAGCAGAAGCCGUCCCAGCAUGGUGAACGGACACGCAGAAACAGCCGACGUCAACUUGGUCAUUUUUGAAACGGCUCUGUGAGCCAUGAGACGUAAAGCUGCUUCAGUACCAGUAGAGUCCAUAGAGGUCGCGGGCUGAGGAGGUCCGUUCUCCGGAGACAGCACUGACCCACUGCAGGGAGGAGGCCGGCGUCCGCUGCCAGGCAACCGUGUGCACACAAUGCUGCUGGUUUGAGUAGAAACUGUUCAGAUAGAACACUAGAUGUUUUCUAUUUAUGUUCUAAGCAGCUUCCAUAUAGCGGUGCCUUAAAGAAGUGGUCUUAUGAUUGUUUCAAAGUGCCUUAUUCGUGUUUCACAGCAGUUUUUAUUUUAGUUGUUAAAGUGUUUUAUCCAAAGAUGCUGUAAGAACUGUUGGCAUUGUUGCACAGAUGAGCAUCCAAAGCUGAACUUUGUAUAUGUUGAAGAUUUCAGUAAAAAUAAUUUUUUACUUUG